GGGGCGUGGUCGUCCGCGGUGACGACAGCCUCACGUGACCGGCCAAAGCCGAGCCCCGCGCGCCUCGCUGUAGUCAGACCUGGCCUUCGCCCGCCGCCGUCUCGGUCCCAGCUCUCAGUGGCCCUCCCUGUGCGCGUGUGGGCUGGGGUCGGCUCCACAGAGCAGGAGGCGGAGGGGAGCAGGUCUGCGGGUCUGUGUCAAGUGUCGUGGCAGCGCACUCGGGCGAGAACCGGAGGAGGAGACAGCAAGGAUAGGCCCAGGUCGGUGCGGGGGGCGGAGUGGGGGACGUGUGGAAAGCCGCGACCCCAAGCCUCCCCUACCCCGUCCUCCAUUUUGGUGCCUGCAGAUACCUGUGCACUGAUCGGCAGCGAAAAUGGUACAAUGGCGUCCAAAGAGGAACAAGCAUUUAAAAAUCUCAACGUGGAAAAUGACCAGCAGGAAAAUGAAGGAGGGAACCAGGCCCCUGUGCAGAAUGGAAAGGAAUCACACCAAUUUGGAGUGGGGAAAAGCCAGAAGCCUGGAGGAAAUGUCAAGCUGGGGCGGGUUAGGCGACUUUUCCCUAAUUUUCGAUGGGUCAUACCUAACAGGCAUGUGGAUCACAAUGAAGUGGGAGAAGAUGCAAAAAAGUUCAUAGGGCAGAUGAUGGAAAUUAAGAGAAAGACUAGGGAACACCAAAUGAGGCAUUAUAUGCGCUUCCAAACACCUGAACCUGAUAAUCAUUAUGACUUUUGUCUUAUACCUUGAAUACUGAGGCCAAAAGUGUGGCCUGCUCUACAAGCUUUUAGUUUUGUGGGUUGCUUUUUCUGUAAACCUGUUUCCCCUUACCAGUUCCUAAUUGAGUGUUGUUUUGUCUCAGAAUAAAACUGUCCAACAAGGGAAUUUCACCCAGUUUUAAGAAGAAAAUGUACAUUUCAUAAUUGAAAUUAAAGUAGUUUAAAAGCAA